AUGCGCCGGGCCCGUGUGCUGCCCUUGCUUUUGCUGCCCUUGCGCUACUACCAGACCGUGGUAGGCAUGCCGCGCUUUCAGCAGCUGGAACCGCAGAGCAGCACCCGCAUAGUGGUCGAAGCUCGCUGUUUCUUCGCUUUGCUGGAUGCCUGGCGUGUGCUUUGGGACCACCUGAACCUGGGUCUGCAGGAGUCUGACUUGGCGCCCUACCUGGUUCAGGGCCAAUCGGUGGCCAGCCGCGGCGAGCUGAAGCUACGUGCCUUGAGCUACUUCGCUUCGGGCCAAGAAGAGGACACCGUGGGCCCAGUCUUAGCACUUUUAGACGUCGAGGCCCGACGGAAGCUCGAGAAUCUCCUGGAGGAGCACCCCAAGAUGCCCCCGCACCGCCAGGAUUUCCUGAGGACGCAGACGGAGGAGGUGUUGCCCCGUGCGCGGGCCGCGCUCCAGAACGCCUCGGACGCCCUCCGGUCCGGGAGCGCUGCACGGUGGGCCACGCUGCCGUCCUGGACAGCCAAUGUGCAAGUCCUGCAGGCGGCCCUCAAGCAGAUCGAGACGCCUGAGAUGGCGGAGAUGGGCGCUUCUCAGGGCCGAGGGCAAGAGGAAGACGUAGGCCACUGGCUGACGGAAGUCACAGGCGGCAAGAACCAUUUGAAGUUCUACCGGAAUUUGCAGGUUGGUGCGAGCAAAAAGAAGGAAGUGCCUCAAGGCGUCAAAGCUGAAUUGGAUGGCGCCAUCGUUGCUGAGGGCGAAGGUGAUGAACUGCCACAGCUCCAAGCGAUUGUGGAGUGCAAAUGGGGACUCUCGAUGUAUGGUGAUCUACAGAAGAUGGAGAGUGGCGAGGCGCAGUUCCAAGUGGGCCGCUCCGGGAAGUCCUUGAAGCUUCAACUCCCGAAGGGCCUGGAGGUGAAGUACUUCAUGGGACACCUCCCAGAUGGUGAAGGAGAAGGAGAUAGCCUUGAUCGCUUGUUGAGGCCCUCAGCACUACGGCAAGAGAAGGGGCGCCUGCUGUCCAGCACGUUCUCCCCUGGCUGUGCAGCCCGCGCGAGCAUGGAGUUGGUGGAAGCUCCGAAGGACUUCCAGGGCCCCUGGGCAGUGCUGGUGGAGCUGCCAGAAGACGAGGUGGCACGUGCGCAGGCGCGGGUGGAUGCCUUUUUGCAGGACGUACUGCAGCGCAUGGAGCGUGGCACACUCUCCAUCUACGUGCGCGUCUUGGCACAUCCCUGCAACUUGGGCUACCACAACCUCAGUAACCUCAUCCUCUCUCGCUUUGCGGGGCAGCAGUUGAAGAACCUGGCGGAGCUCGCGCGGGCGGUCUCGCGAUGCGAAGAGGAGCAGUUGGUGUUCCACUUCCAGCGCCCUCACGGCGAUGGCGGGGAGCUGGUGGUCUUGGAUCGUCAUGAGGCCCAUGACGCCGAAGCUGAGAUCUUAGCGCAGCACCUCAUCGGGGCGCCCUGCAUGGUGCGCUGCGAUGGCCAGGGCGAGCCAAGGCCCCUGGAUGAAGUGCCAGAGGUGCCGGUUGGCCAGGUCAGAGAAGAUGCUGGCAACAGAUCUGAGGGCCAGUGGUGA